AUGGAAGGAGAAGAAAUCACAACAAACAACAAAGAAGCUUUGAGCAUUGAACAAGGCCAAUUAAGGGGUGACCAAGAUCAUGAAUUUUACCUCCCCUCUGCUCAUACAAUUGGCCAUGAUUCAUGGCAACAAGUUGGGUUGAUGCUGGUGACAAGCUUCAAUUGUGGGUACAUAUUGAGCUUUUCAAAUCUUAUGUUGGUGCCUUUGGGAUGGACAUGGGGGAUCAUAUGCCUGCUGGUUGUGGGGUUCUAUACUGCCUAUGCCAACUGGCUUUUGGCUGCUUUUCACUUCAUCAAUGGCCAAAGGUUCAUCAGAUACAGAGAUCUCAUGGGAUUUUUGUUUGGCAGAGAAAUGUAUUACAUCACAUGGGUUUCCCAGUUCUUGACCCUUCUUCUUGGAAAUAUGGGUUUGAUUCUACUUGGAGGAAGAGCACUCAAGUUCAAAGGACAUGCAAACAAACAGGAGAUUAACUCAGAAUUCAGUGAUUCUCCCCUGAGGCUCCAAUACUAUAUCGUUGUCACUGGAGCGACCUACUUCAUCUAUUCCUUUCUAAUUCCAACAAUGUCUGCAAUGAGAAGGUGGCUCGGACCCUCUACCGUUCUCACUUUCACUUACAUCGUCAUACUCUUGGUGGUAGUAGUUAAAGACGGGAAAGCUAACACAAAGAGAGAUUAUGCAAUCCAUGGAAACAAAGCAGACAGAGUGUUUAAUGCCUUUGGUGCAAUUUCAGCUAUAAUUGUGUGCAACACCUCCGGCCUGCUACUAGAGAUACAGUCAACUCUGCGCAAGCCUGCAGUUUCAAAUAUGAGGAAAGCUUUAUAUCUGCAGUUUAGUGUGGGGCUGGUGUUUUACUAUGGAGUCAUCAUGGUGGGAUACUGGGCUUAUGGCUCAACUGUCUCUGAAUACCUUCCUGGAGAGCUAAGCGGUCCUAAUUCGGUUAAGGUCCUCAUAAAUGCCGCCGUUUUCCUGCAAUCCAUAGUCUCUCAACAUAUGUAUGCUGCACCAAUUCAUGAGGCCCUUGAUACCAAGUUCCUCAAACUCGAAACCGGCAUGAACACGAAAGAAAACUUGAAGAGGAGAUUCUACAUGCGAGCCCUUCUUUUCACGGUGAAUUCAUUUGUGACAGCAGCUUUUCCUUUCAUGGGGAACUUUGUGAACUUGUUUGGAUCAUUCACACUUGUUCCUCUAACUUUCGUGUUCCCAAGCAUGAUUUUCAUCAAGGUGAAAGGAAAGACAGCUAGACUAGAGAAGAAUUUAUGGCAUUGGUUCAACAUUAUACAUGAUGAUGAUGAAGACAUGUAA